AUGCCACCAUGUGAUUGUAGCAACUGCUUGCCCGAAGAAGCUGAGGCCAUUUGGCUUGCACAGCAAUCGCUUACAGUGGACAACUUUGACGAAGCGUUGACUUACAGCGAGUUGGACCUUAAUCAAUUAUGCAUUCAGCUACCCAAAAGACCACUGGACCCUGAGGUCACACCAGCGUGUGAAGCUCUCCGUUGUAGUGCAAAAGAUCCUAUCCGGCAAAGGCAACCCCUUCAAACUCUUGUGGAUAAGUGGAUUGAGGUGUUUAACAUUGCAUUUUACAGUGUGUAUCCAGCUACGUCAGAUCUAGGCCCUUGGGACUUUUUUGGAGUAGAGUUGGCAUGGGAUUUAGCUAAGAAUAUCGACAUCUUGGCCAAAGCUUCUGACCUUACGCUGAUACUCACCAGCGAAACCGUUCAAGGACAACUGGAAAGUCUUUUUGGUGCCUUUGAAUCAUGGAAGGGUAACAGUGGGUCCGAUGAGGAAAUAGCCAAAGCGGCAAAAUUUCGAAAUUCAUUGAAGCGAACGGCACCAUUGUUUAAACCACCUAUUUCAAUAGAGGGUUUGGAAUUAUUCAAAAAGAGAGAGGCCACUGAGAAGGACACCGCAAAAAAAGCCAAGGCGGCCAAAAAGGAAGCAAUCCAGCGAGGGAAGGCCGAGGCAGCUGCGGCCAAGAAGCUCCGCAUUCAACAACAAGCGGAAGAACGCUCUCAAUUGGCUGCGUUCAGGAAGCAAUCACGUGAGGCACGUCCUCUUGCCUCCAAAUCGGCGUGUAAGACACACGGAGAGGGCUCAGGUGGUCCACGCAAGAGGGCUGCGAGCUCCUUAGCGCAACCCACAAAUAUGAAAAGAGUUGUAUUUGAAGGGGGUUAUAAACCAUUGUAUUUUUUGCUAAUGAAGUCAAUUUUUGUGUUUGGAACACACGUCUACCCUUCCUCAGGACAGCCAUCAGCACCUUCCUCCUCAUACCCAGUUGACAAACCCCAACGAAAUCGUGAUCGACCCGCGGCUGAGUCAGCUUGGAGCAUAGUGAUCAUGUUGUAUAGCCCGGUCUUAAAAGCAUUUGUCGCAAAAGAAUUGGUGUCACUAUCUGAUUUGUUUGUUAGGUGGUCUUUAGCAUAUCGAAGGAAAUUGGCCAUGGAUGCUGGGGUGAUCUUGCUUGCAUUGGGUUGA